AUGCCAUCUCGGCCCACCCCUGGCCAGUCUUCCCUUGCCACUUCUCCUCUGAGAUCACACAAGUUCGGCUCGCGCAGGACUUCAAGAGUGUUCUCUCGUGUUUCUUCUUCCAUCUGCCAGAUUAAGGGAUUUGCGGGAGGUUUUCUCAAGUUGCCUACGAGGACGACUUCAUCCCCAAAGGAUCGGCAUGUUCAAGACAUGGUAUGUGAAGCUGAUCAGGAUGGAAAUGGGACAUUAGAUUUUGAAGAAUUCUUGAAUGACAUGGGUAAAAAGCAGAAGAAAAAUGUUACUGACGAACUAAAACAAGCUUUCAAAGUUUUUGACAUGAAUCAAGACGGAUAUAUUUCAGUCAAUGAGCUACGACAAGGGAUGAUGAUAUAUUUGGGACAGAGAUUGACAAAGGAAGAGGCUGAACAGAUGAUAAGAGAGGCUGAACAGAUGAUAAGAGAGGCUGAUUUGGACGGUGAUGAUCUAGACGACAACUAA